AUGUCCUCUUCUAACGAGUAUCCGCCUGCAGUGCCUAGCAAGUUCUCACCUUCUGGCGAGGUCCAGCCCUUUGCCGGCAACACCGUCGUCGCUCAUAUUCCCCCAACCUCGCCUAUUCUAGGGGCUCUAACACAGCUCUACGCCUUUAUUAGUCAACAGAUCGCUCUGAACACCAAGGUUGCUCUCCUGCCGCCGUCGUCAUGGCACAUGACUGUCAUUGAAGGCGUCGUAAAUGAAGACCGCGACCCGGCCAAGUGGCCACAAGGCAGAUGCAGGGCGCCUGUCCAUGACUUCACAGAAACUUUUGCAGACAUUCUUAAGGAUCUGAAUCAGUCUCUGGUCGAAGACGGGCUCGGCGCGCCGUACCUCAUGCGAGUCGUUGGAUUCCAGCCCUUGACGACAGACUUGCGUAUAUCGAUAUCCACCAAAAUUUCGAGCCUUAUAUCGAUAUCCACAUAA